GUGUGCUGAAUAUGAGGAAAUGUCUGGACUGGGGCAGGAAAAACAGCCCUGCAGUAUUUGGGCAUGGUCGCUAUCCGAUUGACCUGACAACAGUUUCAUGAGUGGCUGUAUUUUCGAAAUCUUGAGCGUUUAGACGUGGGAGAAUUAGGCGCUUGCGUGGUUUCAUUUCGUGUUUACAGUCUGUCGCUGUACGUGUAAACCUGGCCUAAAUAUGUCAGUUUGUAGUGAAACUGAUGAUCAUUUACAGACAUGUGAUGAAUUGAAUGUUUACCAAGCUUCAGGUCCAGGAGGGUUCUGAAUGCAGUUUGUCAGUCCAGUGUGGUUGAGACAUGGCAGAAGAUCAGUUAAAGGCAGACGCCUCGGCUGGGGAGGGGGAGACGGAGCCCAGUAUGCUGCUGCAGAAGCUUAAAAGCAACAUUUCUAAAAAUGUGCAGGGCAAAGUGGACAAAAUUUUGGAAGAUGUACAGCGUUUCUCUGACAACGAUAAGCUCUACCUUUAUCUACAGCUACCCUCAGGUCCAGGUGCAGGAGAGAAGAGUGGUGAUUCAAACUCGGUCAACACGGCAGACCAGCUUCACACCUGCAACUGGAUCCGUAGCCACUUGGAAGAACAUCCUGACACCUGCCUGCCUAAACAAGAUGUUUACGAGACAUACCGGAAGCACUGUGACAACUUACAGCAUCGGCCUCUAAGUGCAGCAAAUUUUGGCAAAAUCAUCCGAGACAUCUUCCCAAAUAUUAAAGCACGACGACUGGGUGGUAGAGGACAGUCCAAGUACUGCUAUAGUGGGAUACGUCGAAAGACCGUGUUAAACAUGCCAUUACUGCCCAACCUGGACCUCAAAAAUGACCCGUCUGAACUGACAGAACUGGUGCAAACCUACAAGCAAGAGGUCACCGAAGCAGCCUGUGAACUUAUCUGUGACUGGGCCCAAAAGAUCCUCAAGCGCUCUUUUGACACGGUGGUAGAAAUCGCACGCUUCCUCGUACAGGAGCACAUCGUCAACCCACGCUGCAGCCAAGCCGAGCUCGUCACUUCAGCUGCUCUGGCAGGCGGACCCUCCAAACCUCAUAAAGUAAUUAAAAAGAUUGCAGCAGCUUCCCGAGCAGGUGGAGCAGAAGAAGAUAAUGUCAGUGCAGAAAAUAAGCAAAACGAGAAAGACGGUGUGGAACAGCCGCCAUCCAAUAAGCAGCAGGUCAGUGAAAAACCAACCAAUAAGGUUGAGUCUGCUCGAGUGGAGGCUUAUAUGAAGAAGCUGCCUCAGCUCCUUCCCAGAGGCACCGUCCCAGAGAAAACCUCCCCACCGUGUCUCGGACCAGCUGAUUCGGGCAGCGUUCAAGUCACUCUGCCUAUCACAGUCGCAACGAUACCCUCUCAACCAGGUGGCACUGUCCCUGUUAUGAUUCUGCCAUCAGGCAUGAGUCUUUCUUACCCAGAGCGCGAGAAAACAUCAGUCACGGUCGCCACUUCUGCUGCUCCGACUCCAGUGGUCCAAAGAGCGCGACUGGCGGCUCCGAAGCGGGGCCCUGACCCCACCACUUCAGUGUCAGCCGCUGGUGUUGCUCCGAAACGCAAAAGAGGACGACCCCGAAAGCAAAGACCAGAAGACAUGGCACUGCAGCUGCCGUCAGCCCCAACCUCGAAUCCAAAUCCAGCUUUUCUCACGAGAGGAGUAAUCCAAAAGGCCUUGCCUUCCUGUGCACCCGCCGCUCCUUCACAGUUGGUGGAAAUCGUGAUCCAGGACCAGCAAGGCUUGAUGCUUAGCCAACUUCCGACCAUCCAGGAAGUGACAGAUGCUGAGCAUAGAGGUGUAGUUGUCCAAUAUCAACCUGCAGCAGAACCUGAGAAGCAGCAGUCCGUCCUGCUAAUGCAAGGGCCCAACCAACCGGGUUACGAGCUGAGCCGCAGGAUGGUCAUCCAGCGUGCGCCGUUAUCCAGAGAAGGAAGGCCGGCUCCCCAAGAAGUGCUACAGUCCACCGUUUCGUACCUCCCACCGGCAACAUUAUUAGAGGACAGAGGAGAAGUGGAAAUUGUGCAGACUCCUGUGGAGCCACAGGUCGAUUCCAUGCCAAACUCAGCAGGUAUUCCCAGCUCCUUCGGCUCCUUGUUUGGAGAAACCCCAAAACCAGACGCCCCGUGACAGCAGCACAGCACCCGACUCCCUGAUCUCAAUGUGCAAUGCCUUUCCAGUGCUUCUGUGAAUUGCAUACUAGCUAGUAGUCAAACUGAGGUGUACCAUCUUGGCUGAGCUUGACUGGGUGUGUCUGCUUUCUUUGUAAAAUGAUGUAUAGAAGUACAACCUGUCAUUGUUGCCUUAAAACAGCAACUACACUCAUAUUUUCAUAUGAUUAAUACGAAACAUAAGUGAAUUCCUGAAGACUCCAGGAGUGCUUUUAAAGAGAUUAUGAAUUUAAGUGGCCUGGAACAAAUGUUUUGACAAGAAAGAGCGAAUUUUAGAGCAUUGAAAACUGAAACGAACAGAUAUACUCACAAAUAACAGUCCAAUCUGGUUCAGCUCAGUUAUAAAACGAAAGGAAAUCAAAAAAAAGAAAAAGAAAAAGAUAAAUCAUCAGAGUUACCAAGGAACUGCUUACCAUCUGUUGGCAUUUGUCACCAUUCUCAGUGCCAUAAGAGGGCAGUUGCUCUUUUUUGCUCUAACCGUCUUUGCAUGUUUGUGUUUGUAAAACAUGAAUUGAGACAUUCGAGUGUGUUUUCUAGUUGUUCAGAUGACAAAGAGUGGUAUUACGGGUUUGCAACUUCAGGGUUCGAAAAAAGUCCCUCCCUCGCCCAGUGAAUGGGUUAAUAGUUCAGUUUUUUUUUUUUAGACGUCGCAAAUAACAGAUACACAAACUUCGAAAUUACUACAUCGAGUUGCUGUUGUGAAGGUCGAGAAGACACUACUGGUUCAUAUGGUGCACAGUGUAGGUGGAUGGAAAAACAAAGACCUCAAGUCCCUUUAAAUAUGCAAAUGAGGCUGUGAUUUCGGGAUUCUUCUCAAAGCCCCACCCCCUGCGUUCAGGUCUGUUCAGUCGUUCUCUUACAGCAACGUAAUUUAACACUUAACAGAUGUAAAUAAUUUAUCCGUGAGCCCAGAAGAAUAUCUUCAUAGGUAAAGAAUACCAGAACUCAUUUAAAACGUUUUAUUUUCCAAAUGUAUAGCCAUCGUCACUAUAUUGCUACUAUGGAAUAUUAUUAUUAUCAGUUACUAGUAAAGUGUGCACUG